AUGUUGGGAGCAGGCGGUGGAGGAGAAAUAGGUGGUGCUCUGCCGUUGGAACAGUGGUUCUUUGAGAUGCCUGUGUGUACGCGCUGGUGGACUACUGCGACUGUCGUUACGGGACUUUUGGUGCAAUGCCAUGUCCUCACGCCUUUUCAACUGUUUUAUUCUUUCCGCGCUGUGUUUGUGAGGAGUCAGUACUGGCGCCUCUUCACCACCUUCAUCUACUUUGGCCCUUUGUCUCUAAACCUCCUCUUCCACAUCUUCUUCAUCCAACGCUACGCCCGCAUGCUCGAAGAAUCCGCAGUCUCUCAAGCCCACUUUACCUGGAUGCUUGCCUACGCAGUCACAACUUUGCUGCUGCUGGCACCAAUGGUCUCUGUCGUGUUCCUCGGCAGUAUACUUAGUAGUACUUUGGUCUAUAUCUGGAGUCGCAAGCAUCCAGAUGUGCAGCUUUCAUUCUUGGGGCUUUUUGUGUUCAGAGCGCCGUUUUUGCCUUGGGUUAUGAUUGGACUUAGUGUGGUUAUGCAUGGCAAUUGGCCCAAGGAUGAGUUGUGUGGGAUUGCGGUGGGGCAUGUCUACUACUUCUUCAACGACAUUUAUCCGGCAAACCAUAAUGGCCAACGACCACUGGAUCCUCCCAUCUGGUGGCAGAGAUUGAUAAGAGGCAAUGCGGCUGUGGAUGCAGAGCUACGCCAACAAAGACCAACCGACACUGCUGCUCCUGCUGUGCAAGCGCAAUGA